AAGGGGGUGUUGUGUGUGCCGGUUGCUAUUAUUCUUGUUCGCAUUUAUCAAAGAGGACUGUGUCUGUCUUACUGUCUCACAACAUUUUCAGGUUAAUCAAAACACCUAAAUCGAUCCCACACACACUCAAUUCCCAAGGGCCUUGAGCUAAAUCAAACCCCCCAAAAAAGAAAGAAAAAAAAGUUUCAUCUUCUUCUCUCUCUCUCUUUGUGGUGUGUUUCUUUCUUCUCUGUGCUGGUUUCUAGGGUUUUGGAGCCGGAAUAAAAGUAGUGGAGAAAUUUCAGUGAUUGAAGUAGGUCUGGUUUGAAUGGGGUGAAGUUGAUGCAGCUGGUUAAAAAGGUGAGGAUCUCCGGGGAGGUAGAUGGAGCAUUGGUGUGAGGCUGAUUGACGGUUGGGGAUAAAUCAAAGGUGUUUGAAAAUGCAUUUUGCAAAGCUAGAUGAUUCUCCCAUGUUCCGCAAGCAGAUACAGGGCAUGGAGGAUAGUGCCGAGUCAUUGAGGGAGAGAAGUUUAAAGUUUUACAAAGGAUGUCGAAAAUACACUGAAGGUCUUGGGGAAGCUUACGAUGGGGACAUUGCUUUUGCUAGUGCCCUAGAGAUGUUUGGUGGGGGGCAUAAUGAUCCAAUUAGUGUGGCUUUUGGAGGCCCUGUUAUGACCAAAUUUACUAUCGCAUUGAGAGAAAUUGGGACAUACAAGGAAGUUCUUCGGUCCCAGGUUGAGCAUAUGCUAAAUGACAGACUGUUACAAUUUGUGAAUUUUGAUUUGCAUGAGGUCAAGGAAGCACGGAAACGAUUUGACAAGGCUAGCCUUCUUUAUGACCAGGCUCGCGAGAAAUUUCUCUCACUAAGAAAAGGAACAAGGAAUGAUGUAGCCACCAUGGUAGAAGAGGAGCUUCAUAAUGCAAGGUCUACAUUUGAGCAAGCUCGCUUUAGUCUUGUGACUGCUCUUUCUAAUGUUGAAGCAAAAAAGAGGUUUGAAUUUCUGGAAGCGGUCAGUGGGACGAUGGAUGCCCAUCUUCGUUACUUCAAACAGGGUUACGAGUUGUUGCAUCAAAUGGAACCCUAUAUUAAUCAGGUCUUAACUUAUGCUCAACAGUCAAGAGAAAGAUCCAACUAUGAACAGGCAGCUCUUAAUGAAAGGAUGCAAGAUUACAAAAGACAAGUCGAUAGAGAGAGCAGGUGGUCGUCCAAUGGUUCUAAUGGGUCUCCUAAUGGAGAUGGGAUACAAGCUAUUGGCAGAAGUUCGCAUAAAAUGAUAGAUGCCGUUAUGCAAUCUGCUGCAAAGGGAAAGGUUCAAACCAUCAGGCAAGGUUAUCUCUCAAAGAGGUCCUCAAACUUGAGAGGUGACUGGAAAAGAAGAUUUUUUGUUCUUGAUAGCCGAGGAAUGCUCUAUUACUAUCGGAAACAAAUUAGCAAAUCAUCUGGCUCUGGUAGUCAACAUUCUGGUCAGAGGAAUAGUUCCGAGCUUGGUUCUGGACUGUUGAGUCGGUGGCUAUCUUCUCAUUAUCAUGGUGGAGUGCAUGAUGAGAAAUCUGUUGCACAUCACACAGUAAAUCUGCUUACAUCAACAAUCAAAGUUGACGCUGACCAGUCAGACCUCAGAUUUUGUUUCAGAAUCAUUUCACCAACAAAGAACUAUACCUUGCAGGCAGAGAGUGCACUUGAUCAAAUGGAUUGGAUUGAAAAGAUAACCGGGGUUAUUGCAUCAUUACUGAGUUCUCAGGCUCCUGAGAGGUUUCUGCCUGCUAGUCCCAUGGGAAGUCAUCGUCGGUCUGCUAGUGAGAGUAGUUCGUUUGAGAGUUCUGAUUUUGAUCACACUGGAGUUGAAGAACUUGCAUCGGACAGGAGCCUAAAUAAUGCUGACCACCGCCAAUUAAGAAGUUCGCAACAGCAACGGUCAUCUUUAAGAAGUGAGAAGACAAUUGACACUCUUCGGCGAGUUUGUGGGAAUGAUAAAUGUGCUGAUUGUGGUGCCCCUGAGCCAGAUUGGGCAUCAUUAAAUCUUGGCGUUCUUGUUUGCAUCGAAUGUUCUGGGGUUCAUCGUAAUCUUGGUGUUCAUAUCUCAAAGGUAAGGUCUCUAACACUGGAUGUCAAAGUAUGGGAGCCUUCUGUCAUUAAUUUGUUCCAGUCAUUGGGUAAUGCCUUUGCAAACUCUGUCUGGGAGGAACUUUUGCAAUCAAGAAGUGCUUUUCAGCUUGAUCUUAUAGCCACAGGGUCACACAAGUCUGAUAAAACACAGCUAGUUUUUAUCAGCAAACCCAAUCAGACUGAUUCAAUACCGGUGAAGGAGAAAUUCAUUCAUGCAAAGUACGCAGACAAGCUUUUCGUCAGGAGGCCAAAGGAUGCACAAUAUACUCAUAUAGUGGCACAACAAAUUUGGGAGGGCGUUCGUGCAAAUGACAAGAAAGCUGUAUAUCGUCACAUUGUUAAUUCUGAACCAGAUGUGAAUGCAGUGUAUGAGCAAGCCUCUUGUGGCUCUUCCUUGACCCUUGCAAAAGUAAUGCUGAUGCAAGAGCAGACUAGCCAUGAACAAAGCUCUAGCUGCAUAGCUGGGGAUUCAUUGGAGAGGUCUUCUGGUAGCUCUUCGAACUUGAGUGUUACCAGUGAAGUUCAGGGUAUGGAGGAUCUAGAUGGGUGCACCCUUCUUCACCUUGCUUGUGAAACUGCAGACAUUGGUAUGCUUGAACUGCUCCUACAAUAUGGAGCAAAUGUAAAUGCGACUGAUUCAAGAGGCCAAACACCACUCGACCGAUGUAUUCUCAAGGGCAGAACCACAUUUGCAAAAUUGCUCCUUACAAGGGGAGCGGAUCCACGAGCACUAAAUGGGGAAGGUAAAACCCCUCUUGAGCUGGCAGUGGAGUCAAACUUUGAUGAUGGCGAGGUCCUUUCUAUAUUAUCGGACUCCCUCUUGUUCUGCUCAACUGUUCAGUGCCAAGAAACUGAGCCUCCAUCGCCGUCGAAGCACCCUCGCUCCAAGAACAACAACCUUGAAAGAAUCCUACUUAGUCUUGUGCUGGGAGUAUUGACUGGACUCAUAUUAGCCCUCAUCUCAGCUUUCAUAGUCCGCUGCUUUGUUCGCUACAUUAGCAGAGCCCCAAUUCUCAAGGGCCCUGUGAUUUUCUCCCCCAAAAUCGCUCCGAAAACGCUCCAAUUGGCACUGGCCAAUGAGAACCAGCUGCUUGGUUCCAGCCCCAUUGGGAAGUACUACAGGACUGUGCUUGACAAUGGCCUCAUUAUUGCGGUGAAGCAGCUGGAGCCCUUUUCGGAGUGUGGCUCCCCCAAGGCGCAGAGCAAGUCGGCCAAGAGAAGGAUACAGCAGGAGCUGGAAGUGCUUGCUGGCCUCAGACAUAGGCAUUUGAUGAGCUUGAGGGCUUAUGUUCGCGAGCACGAUAGGUUCUCUUUGGUUUAUGAUUUUGUGCCCAAUGGGAGCCUGGAGGAUGCUAUGAAUAGAGUUAGGGAGAAUCAGCUGCAGCUCAGCUGGGAGGUUCGGCUUCGGAUUGCAGUUGGGGUGAUUAAGGGGCUUCAGUAUCUUCAUGCAUAUGUGCCUCAGAUUAUGCAUCACAAUUUGAAGCCGAGAAAUGUUAUGUUGGAUGCUGAAUUUGAACCGAGGUUGGGUGAUUAUGGGUUGGCUAAGCUCACUCCCCAUUUGGAUGGGGCAUUAUCUGGUUACACUGCUCCAGAGUGUUUCCAGAAUGACAGGUACACUGAUAAGAGUGACAUUUUCAGUUUUGGGAUGAUAUUGGGAGUUUUAUUAACUGGUAGAGACCCAACUGAUCCCUUCUUUGGGGAAACAUCUAGUGGAGGAAGUUUAGGACGGUGGUUGCGGCACUUGCAGCAUGCAGGGGAGGCAAAGGAAGCAUUAGAUAAGAGCCUUAUUGGGGAAGAAGGAGAGGAAGACGAAAUGCUAAUGGCGGUGAGAAUUGCUGUCGUAUGCUUAUCAGAUGUGCCAGCAGAAAGACCCUCAAGUGAUGAACUUGUUCACAUGCUAACCCAACUGCACAGUUUUUAAAGCAAAUGUAAGUACUUCAAUUGAAGCUCCUGUUUCUGAAGAUUUUGGGGGAAUUAGACUCCAGAAAUAUUUGCUUCAGGUUUUGGUCCGAAAUCUGCACAUUUCUUUUAGAAAUUGUAUGCUUCCUGGUGUAGCAUGUGUAUAUUAGCUGUGAGUGAAGAAGCUGCAAGUCAGUCGAGGACACUUUCAACUUUAGAUUAAGAAUGACCAAAUGAACCCAUGUGGGACGCUUCU